GAUAACAUGAUAUUUAAACACAUGGUUACAUUGCGUUCAGAAAUUAUUAUCUUUGAUAUAUUAUAUUACCGUUGUUAUUAACCAAAUAUUAAACAAUGAUAUCUGGGUGCACUUGGGCAACGUUUCUGAACGCAGUCGAGCGCAGUUGCGAAGAAUAAUCUAACCUGAUUUUAAUAAUCUAACCUUGUUGUCCGCGUUGUCGACUUGUCGGCGUCGAUUGCGUCGAUGAGCGAGGCGUAAUACGAAAUACUGUUAGUAUUUUUGUUUUGCGCAUUUUUCUUUAACAUGGAACUUGAUAGUUCUAUAUUGAUGCAAAAGCAAGUACGGGAUAAUUCGGAGGAUUUACAAAGUGAGUUUCUGGACUUAAAGAAUUGGGAAGAGCAAAUGAAACGAAAGGAGCAGGAGAUACUAGGUGAACUUACAGGACAGCAAAUUAUACCGCCUGUCAGAAAAAACACUAAGAAAAAAUGCGUAGUAAAAGAAAGCAAAACGUCUGAAAGUUCAAAACGAAUAAAGUCACACGACUAUUCAUCAUGGGACAAAUUUGACAUUGAGAAGGAAUGCAAAAAAUUAGAAAAUGAAGAACAUUCCGAUGAGUCUGGGGAAGAACCCUUGGAUAAGGAAGAAUUGGAAAAGAAUCGCAGCAAAGCGAUAGAAUACAAGCAGCAAGGCAAUGAUUUUGUGAAGCAAAAGAAGUGGGACAAGGCAAUUGCUUCAUACAGUGAGGCAAUAAAAAUUUUUCCUUAUGACGCUAUAUUUUACGCUAAUCGUGCAUUAUGUUAUUUAAAGCAAAACAACUUUUAUUCAGCAGAAGCAGACUGCUCAUCUGCGAUACAAUUGGAUGAAACUUAUGUGAAGGCUUAUCACAGGAGAGUCACAGCUAGACUAGGAUUGAAGCAAUACAAAGAAGCAAUGGAAGAUGUAAAGAAGAUUGCAGAAUUGGAACCGUGCACUAAGGACACCGAAAUCUUGCUUAAUCAAGUUAAAAAGCAAUUUGGAAAUUCGUUUAUGUCUGGAAAAGACACAUGUACAACUGUAUCUGAUAAUAAAAAGAUAAAUCAGAAUAUAAUUGAUAAAGAGGGUAAAAGUGAUGAAAAUAAUAAGGAAGAUAAAAAUAAAAAGGAAAAUAAAAAUGAUAACAAUAAAAAUAUAACAAUAAGAAUGAUAAGAAAAGAAAAUAUAGAUAAUAAAGAAGAUAAACAUAAAGAAGAGGAUAAAAAUAAUGAAAGUGUUGAUGUAGAUAAUACUGUAAAAUCAACAACUAUAGAUGUAACAGAACCAAGAAAGAAUCAACGCAUUCCAGAUUGGCUACCAGAAAAGGAUGAUGUUGAAAUUGUAGAACCUAUUGACAAACCUCCUCAUUUACGCUCAAAGGACUCAUUCAAGAGAAUACCUGUGCAAGAAGCCGAUUUAACCAAACCUUUUGAAGAAGACAUGAUAGCAACAUGUAGUAAAAUUCAACAUGUAGAAUUAUCAAACAUACGUUCUGAUAAUCUUACCAAAAAAGAGGAAAGCAUUGCAGCAUAUAAACUGGAAGAAAAUUUUAACGAAAGAUCCAUAGAAAUGCCUCCUGUACCGACAAAUUCAGUGCAGUUUCUAAUAAAUUGGAAAAAAUAUUCCUCAUUUGAUUUGCGAUACAGAUAUUUAAAGCAAAUACCACCAGAUAACCUGCCAAAAAUAUUUAAAGAUUCAAUGGAAAGUAAUAUUUUCAGUGAUAUCCUAACAACACUCAAGACAGAAUUUGUAAGACGAAAUGAACCUAUAUUUUCAUAUUUAAAAGAUCUCAGUAAUGUUAAGAGGUUCAGAGCAUUUAUUAUGUUUAUCAGUAAUUCAGAAAAACAAGAUCUAAAGCUCAUGUUCUCAUAUUGUAAUACAUCUGAAAAGAUACCUGAGAAAGAAAUUGCAGAUUUACAGGAAAAAUAUGAAAUUUAACAAUUUAAAGUUUAAUAAUAUACGUUUUGGAUUAUCUGAAACAAGGUAAGCUUAAAUAUUGUAACAAUGAUUAUUUUUGUUAAUUGUGAAUAAACUCUUUUUUCAUUCUAA